AUGGAUUUAAGGAUAUCUGAGGGUUCUGGUACUAGUACCACCUUGGAUGACCAAUCGGUACAAUCGCCGACCAGAAGGGCAAAGGUUUGGGAGUAUUUUGAGCAAGAGUUAGUUGAGGUUGAUAGAGUGAUGAAGGCUGUUUGCAAAUACUGUGGGACGAAGCUAACAAGUAAAAGGAAUUCAGGAACAAAUAGCCUUAGAAACCUUGUUGCGGAUACAUGUCCUAAAAUUCCAGUUGAGGACCAAAAACGAUUCAUUGCAACAAUGAGAAAAAGGCCAGGAGAAGGUUCAUUUGUGUUUGACCCUCGAAAGACUCGUGAGUGCAUGGUUAAGUGGUGCAUCAGUGCUGAGGUCGCAUUCAACAAGUUUGAUGAUCCUUUCUUUGCCCCGUGGAUGGAGUCAUUGCAGCCAUUGUUCAGCGGUGUUGGGCGUCAGACAAUGAGAAAUGAUUGUAUUGCCAGAUUCAAGAUGAUGAGGCAAGAGCUAAGGAAUGAGUUACAGAGUCUUAACUCUCGGAUUUGCUUGACAUCUGAUCUUUGGACCUCAAAUCAGAAGUUGGGUUAUCUUUGCUUGACAGUCCACUACAUUGAUGCAAACUUUAUCUUGAAAAAGAAGACUAUUGCAUUCAAAGAUGUCAAAUAUCCACACACGGGCCUAGCAAUCGAAGAAGUAAUUACGAAGUGUCUCAUAGAGUGGGGGAUUAAAGAGAAGGUGUUUACUAUCACAUUGGAUAAUGCCUCCAACAAUCAAUCAGCAUGUGACCUCAUUCGAGAAAGUGGACGUUCGGACAUGUUAUUUGGAGGCGAGCAUCUUCAUGUCCGAUGUUGUGCACAUAUCUUGAAUCUCCUAGUUCAAGAUGGAAUGGCAAUUGCUCAUGGAGCAUUCGAUAAGAUUCGUGAUCUGGUCAGACAUAUCAUAUCCUCACCCUCUCGCAUACAAGCUUUUAAUGAGAUUGCUGAGAGGUCUGGAUUGCCUUCAAAGGCCAGAUUAAUUCUUGAUGUUCCAAAUCGUUGGAAUUCGACACACAACAUGAUUAUGGAGGCCAUUGAGUACAAAGUUGUCUUGAAGAGAUAUGCUGAGGAACAACUUGAGCCUUCACCAGAUGAUGAAGAGUGGACAAAUUUUGAGGCGAUUGGAGAGUUUCUUGGGGCAUUUGAGGAAGCUACAAAAGCAUUCUCAGCACAUAGAAGUCCAACAUCUCAUUUGUUUUUGCAUAAUGUGCUAUGUAUCCAUCAAGCUCUAAGAAAUGAAAAUUGGCAAAUCAAUUGUGUGCUUGAGGAUUUGGCACUAGCAAUGGAUUCUAAGUUCGAUAAAUACUGGGAGAAGGAUACUUAG